AUGCGCGUUGCGCAGUCGAAAUACGCAAACCUGGCACGAACCUUUUGGAUCGACGCUCUGUGUAUCGACCAAGAUUCAAUUCACGAAAAAAACCACCAAGUCGCCCAGAUGGGCUCCAUUUACGCGAACUCCGUCGAAGUAAUCUCCUGGCUCGGAUUCAAUCAGAGUAUCGGUCGCGCGUUUGCGUUUGCCUUGGAGUUGAGCAAGGAAUCUCGACACGAGAUACGAGACUCUCGUGCCAAACAAAGCGCCAAAUGGUUCGAACGCAACAAGCAGACCAAUGGCCAGCUCAAGAAAGACUGGCUGGCGGUUGUAGAAGACCAAUAUUGGACUCGCUCAUGGAUUACGCAAGAGAUAUUGCUCGCGCAGAAUCUUAAUUUACUCGUCAACGAUCUUGAAGUCACGCCCAUGCAGAUUGCUGGGUGUGCCCUCGGGCGGCUUAACUACAUCAACAACUUGGAGGGAGAUGCCAGCAUUGAUAACAAGAACUUGAGCCCCAAAACUCGCGUCUUCAAGCACUACAUGUACUCCAUAUGUAUUCAAACCCCAAGACCCUACGAAAGAAAACUCGUCAACUACUUCAAUCGCCUACCAGGUCGGCAAAGUUACCAUUUCCACGACAGAGUCUAUUCACUUCUCCCGCUUGCCACAGAUGCAUCGAGCAUCAAGGUCGACUAUGGUAUUUCGCGGUCAGAACUUUUGCAUCAGGUUAUAAGCCUCUACAAAACAAAGAUGUGCAUAUGUACAUGGUUCUACAUGGCAGAUAUGCUGGACUGUUACCAUAUCCCCGACUCAAAAAGCCGUGACGAUGGAUCAGGCGCAACCCCAGUAUUCAGAUUGCCUAUGAAACCAGUCCACGCAGACUUUGUUAUGGGUGAGAAUGCGAAGGAUUGGUAUAGUGCGUGUUCAGAGUGCACAAGAAAACUUUCUUCUUUCGAUGCGAAACAGCAAACAACAUUUUGUAUCGAGCCUCUGUGCCACAAUGUCCAACGCGGUCGCUGGUAUGCUCAUAACAUCCAAGGCGGUCACUUAUACGUUUACAAAACCAAAGUCGGAAAUUACGAGAUCAAAAGAGAGGGUGAUACCACUGCCUACGAAGUAGUAAACUUCCAACCCGGGACCCCCAAUUCCCCCAGCACUGAUAUCGAACUUGGAUGGGGAAGUUCGCCAGAGUUGUACGAUGUCUUUCUCACUGGUGAUGUCUUAAUGAAGCUGUUCAUGUACCCCGAGCAGAAGCUCAGAAAGGCAGUGCCGUUGAGUGUUUGCAUCAGGGCACAGGGCGAUGCGGCCAAUAUGGAGCUUUGUUAG